CCGUGCGCAGUAAAGCAAGGCUGGCCUCGACGCUGUUGAACAUCGCCAACUCGCCCUGCUGCCUCGCCAGCACCCAGCCCGCUCGCGCGUUCUCCUCCUAUCCAUUACGCAAGAGAAUAUCUCCAACGGCCGAUAAGCAGCAUAAAAGUCAACCAAAAUGGCGCGCAACUCGGAGAAAGCGCAGUCGAUGCUCUUCCGCUUCCGCGAGGCGCAGGCGGCGGACCUGGGCAUCAUCGACGCGGGGCGGUCGCGGCGGCCGCGGGCGAUCACGGAGCAGGACAGCAUCCCGGCGUGCGAGCGGUGGCGCGGGCAGGUGCUCAAGGAGAUCUCGCGCAAGGUGUCGCGCAUCCAGGACCCGGCGCUGUCCGACUUCCAGGUGCGCGACCUCAACGACGAGAUCAACCGGCUCAUGCGCGAGAAGCACAUGUGGGAGGUGCAGAUCCGCAACCUCGGCGGGCCCAACUACAUGCGCGCCGGCGGCAAGGUCUACGACGAGGCCGGCCGGGAGAUCCCCGGCGGCGGCAAGGGGUACCGCUAUUUCGGCCGCGCGAGGGAGCUGCCCGGCGUGAAGGAGUUGUUUGAGGCGGCCGCCAAGGCGAGGGUCGAGGAGGAGAAGCCGCUCGAGGAAAGGGCGGAUCUGCGGAGGCAGGUCAAUGCGGCCUAUUACGGGUAUGCCCCCGGCGAGGAAGAUGACGAGCUGUUGGAGUAUGAGCGGGCGAGGGAGAAGAUGGCGUUUGAGGCGCUGGCGAAAGCCGGGCCGGCGGAAGCGCCGCCCGGGUGGGAGCCGCUGCCCGGGGACGUGGGCGACGGGCGGGUGUGGGAGCUGCCGACGCUGGACGAGGUGCAGCAGGAGCUGAUUGAGCGGAGGAGGCAGAGGUUGCUCGAUCAGUUAUAGCGGGGGGAUUUCUGGUUGUCUUUGUAGCAAUUUUCACGGGCUUGGUUCGGCGUUGACGGCGCAAUGGAGACAACGUUGGCGGGUUUGCCAAGUUACGGCUCGGAAUGCAUCAAUUUGCUGCCGCUUCCUCUGUCUUCGAAAAGGAUCUCCCGUGC